AGUAUAUCUAGGGAAUCUAGGGUUCUGUUCACCUUCCAAAUUUCAACUUUCAAAUCACAAAAUCAUUCAAAUCAAGAAAUCUAUCAAGUUUCUGGAGUGAAGAAUCUAGGGUUUCUGCAAUUCGGUUCGUGAAAUCGCAUUCUCACCGAUUAAUUUUUGAUUUUUUUUACUUUUUUUUGUUGUUUAAAACCUAAAAAUCGAUACGAUCGAUUAACGAAAUCGAGAAUGAAACGAGAAUUAGCUUUCGCAUUGGAAGCUCGAUCUCAGUUCGGUUGUUUCACCGGUCGGACUCGCUCGUCGGAAAGUUCACCGGUGGCUCAGUUGUUCACUCGAUCGACCGUGAAAGUUAUAGAUGAAGUUCAUGUGAAUCGACGGAAUAAACGGGUUAAAACUGAUAUUCCGGAUGGCGAUUUGGUAAAUAUUGAGAAAUCUGAGGGUAAAGAAGAGUCUGAACCGGUGGCAGUGGAUGAAGUAGCCAAUGGAGAAGAGAAGUCAACGGCCGAGGAUGUCGUUACCGCGGUUACAGGCGGAGAAGAAUCGGUGGUGGAAGUAGGUGAGGGAUUGGUGGAGAAGGUUAAUGUGAAGAGGAAGAAAGGUAAGAAGGAAGUGAGGGGUGAUACGCCGAGGCGAUUCACACGGUCCGCGUUGAAGGAGAAGGAUGAGAAUGUGGAAGAGUUGGUGACUUCGAGUCGGAAGAAGUUGGAGUUGAAGGAGAAGGAUGAGAAUGUGGAAGAGUUGGUGACUUCGAGUCGGAAGAAGUUGGAAUUGAAGGAGAAGGAUGAGAAUGUGGUAGAGUUGGGGACUUCGAGUCGGAAGAAGUUGGAGUUGAAGAUGUCUAAGAAGAUUGGGUUGGAUAGAAUGCCUACUAACAUGAGGGAGCUUUUGGAGACGGGGUUGCUUGAGGGGUUUCGUGUUUACUACAAGCUCGGUAACGAGGGAAAAAAUCUACAAGGUGUAAUCAAAGGUGCGGGCGUAUUGUGUUCUUGCGAAUCGUGUGAGAGUAAGCAAGUUAUUGCACCCUCUCAGUUUGAAAUGCAUGCACGCAAAUCAUACAGACAUGCCAUAAAACAUAUCUAUCUUGAAAAUGGGAAAAACCUCCUUGAGUUGAUUGAAAUAUGUAAAGCAUCGGCUUCAGAACCCCUAGAAGUAGCUCUUCAAACCGUAAUUAGCUCACUGCCUGCAAAAGAACCUUCUAUAUGUACAAAAUGCAACAGCUCAUUUGUAUCGUCUUCUUCCGAAAAUUUGUUAAUUUGUGAUUCUUGCUUGGUUAAUAAAGAAGUGGAUGCUGAACCGAGGGUCGCAACUAGUAGCGAAGUUAGGACACCAAAUCCUGAGCCAAAGGCCUCUGAAAGUAACAGUUUGUUAAUAUCUUCAGAUAAAAAGACUAAGCGAGGGAGAAAAAGAAAGACAUCAAGUCCAGAGCCAAAGGCCUCUGAAAGUAACAGUUUGUUAAUAUCUCCAGAUAGAAAGACUAAGCGAGGGAGAAAAAGAAAGUCAUCAAAGUCGGCCAUGACGCCUUGCAGGUCAUCAAAAUCGGCCAUGAAGUCCAACAAAAGUGCUGGAAAUUCUAUAUUGUCACAAAAUAAAACAAAAUCAAAGAAACAUGAAAGGUCAACGAGGUCAGCUUCUGUACCAAGACCCAUCAAGAGUGCCAUUAAAUGUGCAUCACCACAACAAAGCAGUCGAACAAAGCUAACAAUAAAGAAUCAGCAGUUGCAUUGGUCGGUUUUUCAGAAAGGUGGAUUGCCAGAUGGAACCGAACUAACAUACGUUGCUCAAGGAAAGAAACUUCUGGAUGGUUAUAAGUGGAACAAAGGAAUAUUCUGUUCCUGCUGCAAAACCGAGAUCAGUGCCUCACUGUUUGAAGCUCAUGCGGGUCGGGCUUCUCACAAGAAACCAUAUGAAAACAUUUACAUCUCAAACGGAGUGUCACUCCAUGAAUACGCAGUUUCUAUGAAGAUGAACGAAAAAGGAAGAUGCUCCGUAAAAUACAAUGAUGAUUUGUGUAGAGUUUGUUGGGACGGUGGAGAUCUCUUGCUUUGUGAUGGGUGCCCUAGGUCCUUCCAUCAAGAAUGUGCAGGUGAAUCGAGCAUCCCGCAUGGCAAAUGGUACUGCAGAUAUUGUCAGAAUUCAAUGAAAGUUGAUGGAGAAAAUCAAAACGCUUUGGUAGCUGGAAGGGUGAUGGGGAUUGAUCCUAUUGAGCAGAUUAUGACCCGUUGUAUUCGUAUAGUGAAACACCCGGAAAACAGUGAUCUUGUUGCAUGUGUUUUAUGCAGAUGCCAUGAUUUUAGCAAAACUGUCUUCAAUGAGCGGACAGUUAUAGUUUGUGAUCAAUGUGAAAAGGAAUAUCAUAUUGGCUGUUUGAGAGAACAUAAUAUGGCUGAUUUAAAGGCAUUGCCGAAAGGGAAGUGGUUCUGCUGCAAGGAUUGCGAGAGGAUUAAUUCCGCAUUGCAACAUUUGAUAACCCGUGAACCCGAAACACUUUCUGAUGACUUGUUGACUUUAUUGAGGGAGAAACAAAAGAAUAAUGACAACACUAACUCAGAAACCGAUUCUAGUUCCGAAAUGAAGUUUGUGGUUCUCAGUGGCAAAAAUGCUACUCGUGAGAUUAGAAAAUAUCUGGCACAAACCGUCGAUAUUUUUCAUGAAGGCUUUGACCCUAUUAUUGACGCAACAACUGGGCGUGAUUUUAUUCCGUCAAUGGUGUACGGAAGAAAAAUUUGGAGCCAAGACUUUGCUGGAAUGCUCAUUGCAAUAUUGACAAUAGACUCAAAUGUGGUGUCAGCUGGAACUCUUCGUGUGUUUGGAGAGGAUAUAGCUGAACUCCCGAUCGUUGCUACUAGUAAAGGCAACCAGGGGAAGGGCUACUUUCAGCUACUGUUUACCUGCAUUGAGAGACUACUUUCUUCGUUGAGAAUUAGAAAGAUUGUGCUUCCAGCUGCUGAGGAAGCUAAAUCCAUAUGGACCAAAAAGUUCGGUUUUGAAACACUAGAUGCAGAUCAGCUAAGGGAGCUGAGGCAAACAUGUUCGGCUAUGAUGACAUUUAAAGGAACAUCAAUGCUACAAAAGGAAAUUCCUCAAGCUCAAAAUGAUGUUGUAGAUGCAGCAGGUGAUCAUGGCACGGUGGUGGAAUAGCAGGCUCUGAUGAAGUCGGGUGUUUUUUUGUCGAGCAGUUUGGUAAUUAUUAUUUUGGCAGACUAUAAAACAUUAGUAGCUUUUGGAAAAUUUCAGUUAUGUUCUGUUCAUAUUUUGGAAAUUGGCUGGUUAUGAUGAAUGGAAGUGGAAAUGGUUGGUGUUAAAAAUGCCUGUUAUAUCUCCGUUCUUGUGUUCCUUUUCGUUACGACUUUGUUUUAGUGACAGGUCAGGUUUGUAUCACUAAUUA